GAGGCUCCGGAUCUAUACAGCACACUCAGCGGGCGCUUACGGCGUUCCAACAGGAAGCGGCACAGUCGGCAUGGUUUGACCUCCUGCCUGUUCCGUAGCGCGGUGGCCAAGGCGCCCCCUCUUUUUUGCGGAGGAUCACGACCUGAAUCGGAAGGUCAUCUAUACGCAGUGGCUAGAGCCUCCGCGCCUCUUCUCACGACUUUGUUGGGUGUCAAACGCGGUUGCGAGCUGGGAUCGUCUUUCUGCACGAUUGUCCCCUAUAUAACGCGGCGGUGGAGGGACGAUACGACUCAACCACCCACCGCUUUCCUCUCAUCUCUGUUGGCUUUCGUCUUUCUGUCCCGCCCAACAAGCGCGACGCUCCCUGAUUUCUGAUCGUAUACCAGUACGCGCACACGCGUCCUGUGUUCGGCAGCCUCCGUGCCUCGUGUACCUGGCGAUCAACGCCCCAUGUUCUUUGUCGACGACCCAGUAGACCCCGGCUUCUACGACUGUCCAGUGCUCGAUGCACUCGACGACGUUCCUCUGCGCGGGCUAUCGACCAGUCCACCUCCCCUUUCACCCGAGAGUUUCUUCCCAAAUGAUCCAGUUUACCUGCCCUCAUCUACCGGCGCCGGAGCGGGGACGGGAGGAAGGCACCCCAGAGAUGCGUGCGCGCCAGAAGGCGAAGGAUCUGGCUCGGCGGCGACCACCGACACGCUCCCCACCCCCGGUCUUGCUGCGGUUGCUCCACAGACCAAGAAGGUUGAUGGACGCUAUUUUGGGCGCGAUGCCCCAGUUUCAAGUUUGGGUCCCACUGGGGCGGGUGUUGCCCCCGCGCGCUUUAUAUUCUACCCCGUCGAAUGGGAGGGUUCCCUCGCACAUUCUUACCCCCCACAACGCUCACAAAAUCAUCGCCAAUCCGGGCAACUACACGCUCGCCGGCCACAUCAACCUCGCUCGUACCUGUAUCCGAUCUCUGUGCUAGAGGAGAUGACAGCGCUCAUCAGCAAGCUGCCGGUGCCUGGCACGCCAUUCAUCCCGGAACCGGGUCCUUUGUCGAACGACACAUACGAAUACCUGCCUCCGACGCAACCUACGGACAACGACAAAAUUCUCCCGCCCGCCAGCAGCAGCGUCUGGCAAGACAUCGAGCGUUGGCGAUCCACCGUCCCAGAGAACACAACCACGCUCCCUCCGCCGCCUUUGGAUUCCUCAACGUUGCCAACGUCGAUGCCCGAGUUCCCGUAUAUCCCACCGCCUUUGCAAACGACAGGUACGCCGUUCAUCCCACCGUUGCCAUCCGAGGGGGACCCGUAUAUCCCGCCACUCCUAUCAGAGGAUGCGCCAUACAUACCGCCAACUUCAGACGAGCCGCUCGAUUCGUACAUACCGCUACUUCCACUACACAUCCUCGACGAUCCAUCUCUGCGACCACCGUCCCCCGGAACCCCAUACAUCCCGCCACUUCCUUUCUCGCCUUCCACUGGUGGUGGUGGUGGUGGUGGUGCCGCACCAGGGCUGUUCGUCGAGACCAACACGGUCCCACUCCCAGCAGACACCCCGGUUCUUGGACGCAGCCCGUUCGACACGCGAGGGCGCAAGCGGCUGCGGGAAGACUGCGAUCUGAGUCCGGGGAGGCGCCACCGGGACCGAUCUUCGCGCGAGGCGCGGGACGCGAGGUGGUCACGGGGUGAUGAUGCGGAGGGGUGGUGACGUCAGUGCCCACAAUGAGAUGGGUUGGCUCUGCGGGGCGCUGAGCAUGCGAUAGUGUAGGUGCGUGGGGAGGGGUGCGGAGGUGCGUGGGAAGGGGAUGCAAGGUUUCUGCGCUGGCGCCUGUGUUCGUCCGUUUUGCUUUCACGCAUUUGUGUUUUGUUUCGGCUUGUUGUCUUGUCAUUUUUUGCUUUCGUGGUCAUCUGUACUAUAUAAC